AUGAUAGAAAUUAAUUUACUUCUGACUGAGAUUAUUGAUAAUAAUCUGUGAAUAAAUAAAAUAUCAAUGGAUAACUCUGAAAUAUUUAACUUAACAGCUCCAGCAACUGCCAGGUGGAAAAAGGACUCAAUAAAUGCAACGCAUAUUUCAUUUAACCUCGCUAAUCACCGAAUAAUUCGCCAAAUGGUCUCAACUCAGGAUGCAUCAAAAUUUCUUAAUAGCUCAGUUACGCAAGGUGAUGAAACUCAAAGAGUUUCUAAAAUUGAAGAGUUGAAAGAAGUGUCAUCACAACUUGUUUUUCUAACUCCAUUCUUCUGUGAGCGAUUAAAAUUUUUUAUUCCCCUAGGGAGAGUUAUUCUUUAUAAAAUUCUAUAUAUAAAUUAUAUAUUAUUUAAACAAUCGAAAAUUUAUUCUUUUAAUGCAAGUUGUAAAUAUUUUUAGGAUUUGUCAGAGAUUUUAGAAUCACCACCAUCCAUAUAUCAAAAUACUUUUAUAAAAAACAUUAUCGCUCACAGGUGAGUAAGGAAAAGGCAUGAUAGGAAUAUAGCCCAAUCCCUGCUUUGGAUCGAGCUUGACUGAUACUGGGAGACGUCAUAUAAAAACAAACUUUUGCUGCCAGAUGACAAAUCUCCAAUAGCAAGAGGAUUUGCCAACAGAAGUUGGUUCUUAAACUUCUCAUCUGACGUCUCCCGAGAUCAGUCAAGCCCGAUCCAAAACACGGAUCGGGCUAUAAAGCAGACAAUGGAGUUUAUGAUAACGUUCUUGAAAAACUGAAAAAAGAAUUAGAGCAGACUGAGAAGAUGGAAGCAAGGACAGGCUUAAAAUUAGAUACAAUGAAGGAAAAAGCAAAAGAAAUGGAAGAUAGGCUGAGAGAGUUUAAGAAGAAACAAGAUGAUGCAGAAAUGACUAGAAAGGCUUAUGAGCAUAUCAUAGAACGAAUGAAAAUGACCAAAAUAAACCUAGAAAAAAGAAGCUUAAGUCUGAAUAAGUCUCUCAAAAAUGGACAACAGACUUUAAGAGAAGAGCUAGACAAGCAAAGAAGAACACGAGAGGCAAAAAUACAAACUAAAUCCCCGCAGCUCCUUAACUGAGCAAACCAUUGGACAAAUCCUACUUUGUGGGAAAUAAAAUCUCCAAUUUGAAAGCUAAAAUGCUUUAAUAUCAUUAUUUUAUAUAGAAUGAUUAUUAUAAUGAAAUCUCUAUCUUGCUUUAUAAAUAUAAAAAUUUAAAAUUAAAAUUACUAUUAGUUUAUAAAAUUAUGAAAAUUGGAAAUGUUUAAAAUACAUUUAAUAUAAAAUUUAAAUAUAAUUUUUUUAUGAAAAAAUUAAUCAUUCUGAGCAAGCAAACAAAUUUGAUCAGUCACAAAAUAGUGGAAUAAAGAAGCCCUUAAAAAUCUUGAAGCAUAUGCUAGUCGCGAAAAAAGUGAAAAACAAGAAAAACUUGAUAUAAUUGAAAAAGACGUUAAACAGAAACAAGAAACGUCAAGAAAAAGAGAAGAAAGAUUUUAUCGCCAGCUAGAAAUAGCUGAGGCUGCUGCGAAUGAAGAUAGAAAUAUGAGGGCUCUACAGAUGAGGGAAGGGCUUUUAUGCCAUCGGCUAUGGUUCAUUUAUUUACAAAAAAAGCUGAAAUAUGAAAUGGAGCGUUCUUCCUCAAUAGAAGAAGCUUUUCAGCAGGUAAGAAGCAUAACGGGGCUAAACGAUGCACAAGAAAUGGUAGAAAAAUAUCUGACAAGAGAACAAAUUUAUGGUGAUCUUAUGGAAACAAUCAAUGAUUCAAAACAAAAAAUCGCAGAUUAUAUCCAGAGAAAUGACGAAAUAUUAGAAAAAAUAAAUUCUUUAGAAAUGACAAAACUAGAAGGAAAUAAUCCUGCAAAGCAAAUGUCUCAGGAAGCUACAAAGUCUUUUCAAGAAAUCUCAGUUGAAAAAGAUAGAUUAAGAAGAAUUCGAAGUGUUUAUGAAAAUAUCAAAAUCUGGGCAGGAAAAAACCUGAGAAAGCUAGGAGGGAAGGUGAAGGUCCAAUGAUCGUGCACUUUUGAUAGUUUAAAUUUCACCGAAAUAUAUCUGGUCGAAGAUAGCUGAAAAAUUUUUAAAAAAGAGAGAUAUUUGACCGAAAAAAACUUAUAAAUUUCGACCAAAUGCCAAAUUUAAACAGAUGAAAUGCACACUAUCAAAAAUUCACGGCCAUUUGACAUGGAGCCAGGACGGAAGCCUGUAAAUCCUGAUUCCAAGCUGAUUGAUCAAGUUAUUACAAUUAAAGACAAGGUAAAAGAAGCACUCAAGCGCAUAAAAGAAAAUGUAAGCCAUAUUUAGAACCAAACUAUAAUAAGCCCUAAUGUGGCUUAUCCAAAAAAUCUAACUGAUUUGCUUCCAGAGAAAAAUCUCUAUCGAAUUCGUCUACUAAGCAGCGAUUUAAAUCAAACUGAAGAAGAUGAAGGUAAACUCAUGCAAAGUUUGGCACAAAAUAAUGAAACUCCCGACAUAAUUGCUAGAUCUCAAAAAAGUGCUUUAGCAAACAAGCCUUAA